AUGUGUGCGGCGACGGCAACAGGAGAUUGGUGGGCGAGGGGGAUUGUAGGGCAAAUAGGAGGAGGGUUCAGCCACGAGAGCGAACAUGAUUUAGCUCUUAUGGUCAGCGAUUUUCUCGAGAACGGCUGUAGCUCCAGUGCCGAUUCCUGGUGUAGCAGCGAUAGCGAUUCUGGUCUCUCUGAUCUUCACCAUCUCGCCGACAAGAUUUCGUUUUACAAGCGCACGGUGGCUCAAUAUGAGAGUGACUUGCUGUCAAUCGUUCAUUCUCUUGUGCAAUCGAUAAAGGACACAGACCUUCAUCUUAUCAAUUCAGGUCCGUGUAAUGCAAGCUGCAUCAAUUUUUCUUUGGUGAAGCUGUUGAGACUUUCAGGAUAUGAUGCUGCUGUUUGUGCAUCCAAGUGGCAGGGUAGUGGGAAGGUGCCAGGAGGGGAUCAUGAAUAUAUUGAUGUGGUCAACUGUAUCAAUGGUGGGAGCUCUGAGCGUGUGAUCAUUGAUGUGGACUUCCGAAGCCACUUCGAAAUAGCUAGAGCUGUUGACUCUUAUGAUAGAAUAUUGAAGUCGCUUCCAGUCAUUUAUGUGGGCUCCUUGACGAGGUUAGAACAGUAUCUUCGAGUAAUGGCCGAUGCAGCUAGAUCUUCUCUGCAGCAAAAUUCGAUGCCUCUUCCACCUUGGAGGUCUCUGGCUUAUUUGCAAGCGAAAUGGCACUCACCAUACCAGAGACAGUUUGGUCCAGAUGAACAAAAUUUUAGCAGUGUCGAUUCUUCAGACCAUAAGCAGUGCGGUGGACAUUUAAAGAUGCUGCAGUCCUCACUUCAAUUUGAAAUGGAAGGAGAACGACUCAUUAAGCCUAUCAACAAUGAUAAUAAGUGGAGGGUGAAGUUUGAGAGGCGGAGACACUCCUUAUUCAGGGCUCUUUGA